GGUAAAAAAAUAUGACUGCGCACGCACGAUCGAGCAUGUAUCUCGCGAGACAAUCACACAGCAACGGGCUCAGCGAAUCGCGAUCCGCGGUAGACGACAACGUUAUCGUUGUUGGGAACAAGCGAUCUGAGACAACCAGAAGCCAGCAGCCUCAAUCGCAGUCGCAGUCGCAACCACAGCAACAGUCGCAACCGCAACUGCAAUUACAAUUGCAGCUACAGUCACAGUCGCAACCGCAACCACAGCAACAGUCGCAACCGCAACUGCAAUUACAAUUGCAGCCACAGUCACAAUCGCAACCGCAACCACAGCAACAGUCGCAACCGCAACUGCAGUUACAAUUGCAGCCACAGUCACAGUCGCAACCGCAACCACAGCAACAGUCGCAACCGCAACUGCAGUUACAAUUGCAGCCACAGUCGCAAUCACAGUUACAGCCACAGCCGCAAGUGCAUCCGCUACCGCCGUUGACGGCAACAAUAACGUCGUCGACGAACACACGAGAUCGAGAGACGGAUCCGAUGCGACAGCAUUCAAGCGCGUGGAGAUUGCGGGACGACGACGACGACGACGAUAACGAUGACGAUGACGACGUCGAGAACGAAGAGGAGCAAAUGGACGUCAACUUCUCCGCGACGACGGUAAGACGCACGCCACCGAGGGUGAUCUUGGUCGGCUGGGACAGCUUCCGCACGAAGCUGCUGCUAUUCCUGAUCAUGUGUCUUCUCAUCUGGGCCUGCGUCUUCUUUCCUCUACUCGGCACGUGAACACCGAUUCUUGCUCCUCCUCUUUCUCGUCGUUCUCCACUUCCUUCUCCUUUAUCAUCCCUCAGACGCGAAAU